CGGCUCUGCUGGAUAUAGAGGCGUGAAUAGUGAAUAGGUAGUGAGUACGGUACUACACUACGUAGUGAAUACAGUACGAGUACUGAACAUCAUCACCACCCCGCAGAUCCGACACCGGCGAGUCGGAAGAAUCCAGUACAAAGUUCCCGCCAAGUCAUCAUCCACCACUAAAACCCUCGCCUGGGAUCCAACCCUCCCCUACCAAGCCGUCCUGCUCGACCGCAGCCGUUACGGUCUCCCUCAAAGUGACGUCCGAUCAGAGCCACCACCUUUUUUAAUUUCAAAGGCCAUUCCUCACCCAUCGACACCCAUUAUUUACACAAUCGGAUCCUGUAUCUGUCUAGCCCAUCCCACCACCCGUAGCGAAGCUCGUAGUUCGCGCAGGUCCUACUGCAGGCCACCCUCUGCCUGCCAGUUGCCAGUUACCAGUUGCCAUCCUGCUCUUCCGCCCACCAGCAUCAUCCAGCCAGACCUUUGCGCUCAUUGAUGCUUGGAAAGUAGCCACCCGGAUAGAGGCGGACACGCAGUACGCAGUGAGAGCAUCGCAUUGGGAAUCCCCUCACACUCGUUCCUACCACGGCCAACAUGUCGGCACCAACUCCCAAGAUGGGCACUCGCAGUCGAGGUGAGUUCGCUAGAGCCAGAGCCAGAGCCAGAGCCAUCUGGAGAAAUGCGGUCAAGAACGCAACGCUGACCAAGACAUUCCAUGACAGUCCUCUCCUUCAUGUCCAGCUUCGCGAAUCGAGAUGCACAAUCCCCAACCCCCAAAGCUGCUCCUUCCUCACAAGCCCCAUCCGAGCCCUUUCCAAAGUAUGAGCCCAACCGGCGAGACACGGCAAGGGAGCCACCGACCCAGGCAUAUGAUACGGAUGGCAGUUCUUCUCAACCCCAAUCCAGAACGAGAGAGCGAGCCCCUUCACGGCCAAUGUCAAUGGUACAGACCUACCAACCUCCUCUAAUGGACGUCAAUCAGGAUACUCUCCCGGAGCUGCAGCCCAUAUUUACCUUCCUGAACAGCCACGCGAACAAGCUGUACCAGGAGGGCUAUUUCUUGAAACUGGACGAUCAAAACACCCGUAUGUGUAUUCCUUCGCACCAUGUUACUUUUCUAAUCACCAGGAACAGAUGGUAAGGCCAAUACGGAUCGAACAUGGACCGAGUGCUUUGCGCAACUUGUGGGAACCGUACUGUCAUUGUGGGAUGCUGCUGAACUGGAUGCGGCUGGGCAAGAUGGGGAGGUGCUACCCAAAUUUAUCAAUUUGACAGACGCCUCAAUCAAAAUGGUAUGCAUUGAAGAAACGUAAGUUGCGGCAGUCAAUAUGCUAACUGCAAUAGAUUGAAUCACUGCCCACCCGAUCAGAUAACGAGGCCCCGCUGCAAAAUGUCCUCAGUAUUUCUACAGCCGGCCGCAACCGAUAUCUCUUGCAUUUCAACUCUCAUCAUUCUUUAGUGCAGUGGACGGCCGGAAUUCGACUCGCAAUGUUUGAGCAUGCCACGUUACAGGAGGCCUACACUGGAGCCUUGAUCGCCGGGAAAGGAAAGCAAGUCAACAACAUCAAUGUCAUUAUGGAGCGAGCGAGAGUCAAGCAUGAGGACUGGGCGCGUGUAAGAUUUGGAGCAGGAACACCAUGGCGACGAUGCUGGUGCGUCAUCACACCUCCAGACGAGAAAGAGGUCCAGAAGUUGCAAAAACAAGCCAACAAGAAGAGAUCCGCGUACGAUCGAUCCCGACCUCCAGUUCUAAAGGGCGACAUCAAGUUUUACGAAUCCAAGAAAACAAAGAAAGUCAAGCCAAUUGCUACUAUCACCGAAGCUUAUUCGGCUUAUGCAAUCUACCCUCAAUCCAAGCCUUUGAUAGAUGCUUCCACCUUGGUAAAAGUUGAGGGAUCAAUCAUGAUUCAUUCCAACCCGCCAUCAAUGACAGAGGGGUUUGUUUUUGUCAUGCCAGAGGUUCACCCUGCUGUGAGUGGCUUUGAAAUGAUGCUACGCUGGCUCUUCCCUGCGUAUGACACAUUCGCUUUAUAUGGACGACCGGGUCGAUUGAUUCCAGAUACAACGGACCCCAACAGUCUGAUGUUUGCCAUGCCAAAACACCGAAGAUAUGGCUACCUUGAGAUCUUGGAUGUGUCCGGUCUUAUCACUGAACAAGGGAGCGGCAGUUGGCGAGAAUCCGAAUGGCGACGAAGGAUGAAGGAGCUCACCAAAAAACGGAUGACAGCCAUUGAAAAUGGAAGUCAAAGGAACAGUCGAUACGGCAGCCGAAGAAGCACUCGUGCAAGCUUUGGGCCCUCCAGAAGCCGCAUUCAAUUUGAUGAUGCUGCUUCCGUGAGAUCUACUCCAUCGACGAGCUAUGGCCAAAGUGAUGGAGCGGGUAUUGUAGGAGCUUUGCCACGGGUCGAUUCUGCGCCUGUUCAAGCAGGGACCUUUGCUCCACCACCAAGAAUGGCAAAUCCGACCCACCAACGUUCGGUGUCUGAAACAAAUGGUCGUGAUCCUUAUGAGAACCAAAUGUCCAACUCUCCUUAUGAUGGGACCUACGAGCAAGGCCCACCUCCUCCGCCACACAAUAUGCCCAUGGCUAUUGGUCAUCCCGGGUCAGCACUUCGUUACCAAAACGAAAUGGCAACAACUCCAGAACGUGUGAGUUCCGAAGAUGAAAGUGCUGCACGAGAGACUCCUGUGCGAGAGUUGCAAGACCUUCAAACCACUUCUACUCCUGAGCCAGUUUCUGCACCGCCUGCAUUUUCACACGCCCCUGGUGCUUUACCAAUCACCGUACCAUAUCAUUCGCCAGAACUUAGAAGGGCCAAGAGCCGCAUGUCCACUACUACCUUAUCACAACUUGCCGGUGCUGGUGGAGCUGCUGCUACUUAUAAUGAAAAUGGUGCGAGGGAUAGCGAGGAGCAGAAAAGGGGAUAUGCGGAGGAUCAGAAAGGGGUACCAUACAACGCCAACAACCUAAAAGAGUUAAAUGCUAAUCAAGGUGGUUUGAAUGAAGGCCUGGUAGCACCAAGAAAUCGUCGCUUUUCUUUCGAAAAUUCCUCUCUUCAGUCAGAUAUCAAUAAUCCACAACCUCCCACGCAACAUUCAGAUAAUUUCACAAAUCCUCCUCUCCGAAACGAUUCCCAAGCUCCACCACCUCCAACUCAUGGCAAUACCCGUACGUAUGAACCGCCAAGUAUUUUCACUACCCCAAACCACACCCAAGGCCAUAAUUCCCAAACAUCAGUAGGUUCCACGUCUACCGUGAGCCCUCAUCAGCCUCCUCGGCUACAAACUAGCCAUAGCAUCGUUCGGAAACCUCUUCCAUCCAGGACAGCAACAUUGAAGGACCCAUCAUCUGUGAGCGAUGACGAUACACCAUCAAGUCUCAAGAGCUUAAGAAACCAUGUCAUUGACGAGGCUGCCUUUGAAAUGAUUGGACGUGACCAGAGAAUGCAGACAUUGCGAUCCGAAUACCAAAUCCACCGACAGAAUAGCGGCGCAAGUGUCUAUGAUGACGGUGCCUCCACUGCUUCUCCAGAUUACCCGAGCACGAGGCCAUCAAUCGAUAGCAAGAGAUCAAAAAAGUCCGUCGAAAAACCUCGAGCUGGUGUGAAGAAGACCGUGGGUGACCCAGAAUUUGAAACAUUCAACAACUUUCGCCAGUCUGUUCAUAUUGACUUUGGUCCAACAAUAAACUAUGCUGCUGAGGAACCACCUCGAAAACCAAGCCCUGGCCCCAAUCAAAGCUAUAAUGCAGGAUCACCCAGAGGACACUCACCCGGUUUGGGCAUGGACAAACACUCUUCUGACCGACCGCGCCAGCAGAGCCCUGCGGCAAGGCCUGACAGCGCUGGAGUCAUGAAUCGAAAUAGUGUAUCCCCUCAACAAAAUGCAAAUUAUCGUCAUAGUGUAGCCUGGCAACCGGGUCUUGCUGUUGCCACUCAUCCUGCUGCGAACUCACAGAGUAUUACUCCUGAGCAGUUUGUGGCUCAGAAAGCUGCCGCUGCUGUUGCCACUCCAAUGUAUGCUCAUCAAAGACAGCAUUCUAACCUUACUCUUGGACGUACAACACCUACCAUGAUGGGACGGGAUACACCUACACCGCCCCUUGUUCAUAAUCGUCCAAACGAUCAUUUGACCAAGCAAAGUCAUUCUCGUAAUACGUCAACCGAUAUGCUUGCCCGUCCAAGCGAUCAUUUGACCAAGCAAAGUCAUUCUCGUAACACCUCGACCGAUAUGCUUGCCCGUCCCAACUCGAGGACCGCUGGUGUUGCUCUUGGACCUGCUGUAAAUCCCAAGUUAUCGGCACGCGAACAGGAACAUAUUGCGCGGGCUACUGGAACACCACUCAUUAAUAUGGCACAGAACAAUCGCUCUUCAUCCGGAGGAGGUUUAGUUAAUGCUAUUGAAAACCGAGAGCACGAAAGGCAGCAAUUGAAGCAUGGUAUGAAUAGCCAGGCCGUUCAACAAGCAAUUGCUCAAAGACAACAGCAGCAGAUGUAUCAACAACAAUAUGCUGAACAACAGCAGCAGCAACAACAACAACAAAUGAUGCAGCAUCGUAUGUCUCAGCAACUCAAUAUGAAUCAAUACCAACAGCCACAGUAUCCAGUUCAAGGUCAAAGUCCAGGAUGGGGCAUGUCUCCGGCAGCGAAUGUCUUUGCGCAAGGCGGAGGGUGGGCUUCUCCUGGGUAUGCCCAAACUCCACCUGGUCGACAACCGUCGGGGCAAUACUUACCACAUCAACAAUAUUUCCCUCCCCAAAGUGGUCACCAAGGACGAGGAAAUAAUGGCGGCUAUCGCGGUCAUUAAUGAGCUACAUACACUACUUUGUUAUUAGCGAGCAUGGCGCUGGGGAGUUUAUGAAGAUUGAUUAUGUGAGGUCUUUUCAUGUCACGUGGGGUGGGAAGGGGGAGAUUCAUAGCGAUUCAUUCCAUGGAGUUUGCCUUUUUCUUCUUCGAUUUUCAUUUUUUUCUCGGAACACUUUUUUGAUUACUGCUACUCUUCAUAUGAAUUGCAUCAAGACAGCCUGACCAGAACCGGGGGCUUUUCUUCUUUGUGUUUGUUUACGUAGUGUAUUUUCGUAAGGCCUAGGUACCUACACUUUUUUCUGUUUUGUUUUGUAUUCUUUUUUGUAUCUGAGCAUAUUGCAUUGGUGGGUAUGACUGGUGGUUUUUCUGCAUGCAUACAUAAAUUUUGAGAUGAGGGAGGGGGU